CUAAAAGCUUCAAAUAAAAAAAAUAGGCGAACGUUUUAGACAAAAUUAUUUUAACAAUUUUGCUCAACCGUAACUCUAUGUAUUUGUAACUGGUUACAGAAAAUCCUCAAGAUCGAAUUUAAACAAGGGUUGAAUACUGCACCUGAAAUAUGGCAGUAAACGUAUAUUCAACUAACGUGACUUCGGAGAAUCUGUCUCGACAUGACAUGUUGGCGUGGGUGAACGACUGCCUGCAGUCCAGCUUCGCCAAGAUCGAGGAGCUGUGUACAGGCGCCGCGUACUGCCAAUUCAUGGACAUGCUCUUCCCAGGCAGCGUGCCCAUGAAGCGCAUUAAAUUCAAAACGAAUCUAGAACAUGAGUACAUACAAAACUUCAAAAUUUUACAAGCAGGCUUUAAAAAAAUGCAAGUGGACAAGGUGAUCCCCGUGGACAAGCUGAUCAAAGGAAGGUUUCAAGACAACUUUGAGUUCUUGCAGUGGUUUAAAAAGUUUUUCGAUGCAAACUAUGACGGACGCGAGUAUGAUGCAUUCGAGGCGCGAGGCGGCUUUAUGAUCGGGUCGGGCGCGUGCGAAACGGGCGUGCCCCUGUGCGCCGGGGCGCUCGCGCCUGCGCCCGCGCCCGCGCAGCGCGUUCGCCGCGCCGCACCGCCCUCCGGCAUCGGCAAGGCCAACACCGCGGUGCGGUCGCCCCCCGUGAACCUCUCUAGGUUAAAUCAAAGUGCGAAAGGCGACUCUAAAGCUCUGGAUGAACUGAACCUUCAGGUAAACGAACUAAAAGCCACAGUAGAUGGCCUUGAGAAGGAAAGAGAUUUCUACUUCGGGAAACUCAGGGACAUAGAGGUGAUCUGUCAAGAAAUGGAAGAACAACAAACUGGCCCAAUUGUUCAAAAAAUCCUCGACAUAUUAUAUGCGACUGAGGAUGGAUUCGCGCCUCCCGAGGAGAUCGACGGGGACAACCCGCACCCCCCCGAAGAGGACGAGUAUUGAACAGGGGUUGACGUGUAACUUGUAUGCGUAUCAUAGUGCUCUUUGUAUAUUAACUCGGAAUUAUCUUGCUUAACCAACACCCGUAUCGAGUGCUUAGUAUUUCACAGCCGAUGAGUCGUGACCGGUGUACAUUACAACCUCGGUUCGUCUACGGACCGCAACAUUAACCCUUUCACUGCAUGUGACACGAUAUCGCGCUACAAAUUUAGCUAUAUCUGGCAAAGUAUCUCCGGUAAGAGAAAACAUCUUUUCUGUUAGUGUACCUUAUGUAGUAAUUACCCAAGUACGAUCAUUCGUCACUAUUUGCUAAAUUACAGCUUGACUUAAGAAUCAAGUGUUGAGUUCAUAUUUUUGCAUUGGAGGAAAAAUUACACUAUUACUGUUUUAGAAUUCAGAAACUUCUUAUAGUUACUACUUAAAGUGCAACUGUCUACUGUGGUCAGAGCCACAAAGUAACUAAUUUUUUUUAAAUGAUCUAAAACUUUUGAAUAAGGAAAGGUGCAUAUAUUUUCUUAAUAUGCACAUGACUCUUCGAAAACUAAAUAAAUAUACAGGUGUUUUGUAUGUGGCUGUGUCAUACCUAAGUGCAUUACUUUAAACACUGAGCAUUGUUUCUUGACUGAUUCUGUCUAUAUCUGUGUAAGUUGUUUCGAUGGUAUAAAUCUUCUUGUAUUGUUUACUCUGUGUCGGCGAGGCGUUAGCUGUGCAGUGUGGUGCAGAAUGUGUGCUUCUUAAUGUCCUUGUAUUUAUCACUUUGGGCCACCGGUGCCUAUUUACGUGCAUUUAAUAGGUUGUUAAUUAUGAAAUGUUUACUGUUAUUGUACUUGUUUAAUUCUGUUAAAAUUUCGCAGUUUUCUGAAGUAUAAGUAUUGAUAACAAAAUCGUUAGAGUAAAGUGAUGAACAUGUUAGAUCUGAUGACCGGGGCGGUUACCCCGCGACGGUCACGAGCAAUGUCGUAAAAUUUUGUAAGUUUGGCAUGUAACUGUACUGUUCUAGACGGCUGUGGCAGUGUAUUGUAGGUAAUCGUUCGGUUUAUUGGUCCGGGCCCAGUAUUAAACGAUGUAGUUAAGACUAAAGGACAUUAAUUUAACCGAGAUAUCCGUUAUGGUCCGUGUAAAGAUAUAUACUACAGUUGUUAACAUAGUAAACCAAUACACGAGAAUGAUUUAUUUGUCUGCCCUUUUUUCAAUGGAAUUAACUAAAUCAAUAGAAAUAACUUUGUCACGUUUUCCUAUGAUAGCGUGCUUGCAGUUGCACCCAGGCUAGGUCGACAACAAGUCGAAUCAUAUUCCUAUUAGGCGAGAUAUUUGAGUAGAUUUAGGUUAUUGACAUGAUAUAGUUUUCUUAAUUACAUGUUUACAUAUGUAUUCAUAUUCAAACUUCUAUUAAUUUCAAAAUUGCUCUAUUAAAAUUAAAAUUUACAGUAGAUUAACACUUGUUACAAAACCAUAAUUAAUUUGGUAACUAAACUAUUGAAUUGACAUAUUAAUUAGCACUCUCAUGAAGCCUGAGUAAGAUUUAAUGAAAUUAGUAUUUUAAGAAAGAGGGUUAUGUAAAAAUUAUAAAUGUAUAUUAUAUACAAGUGUAAUACGUACAAAGAAAUUUAAAUCAAAAUGGAACAGAUGGUCAAGUUUGGUCUCAGCUACUUAUACAAACCAUAAUUAAAUAUUGUGUCUGACUCUGCCCUACAAAUUUAAUAAUACUCUAUAAUUUGCAAACAUUUUCUGUAUAUGUAAUAUAUUAUCCAUAAAUCUGGAAAGUAAUGUUCGCAAAAGUCCAGAUAUUUCAUGUUUCUGUAUAUUUUAUCAUUUUAAAUUUAUCUAGGUACCUAUCUAAUAACUUUAAGAUUAUAUUGAUAAAACUGUAUAUCAAAAUUAUGCAUGAACAAAAUAAGGAGCCUAAUAGAUUUUAGCACAGUAAUAAUAAAAUGUUAAAAACUUUAACGAUGUGCUAACACUGAAAUUGAGGAUGACACCAACUAUUUGUUGCCAGAAAUUGAUGACUACAAUAAUUUAUUUUAACUUUUGCAUACAUAAACUGCCUUAACAUCAGAUUUUCAAUGCCUCUAAUUUCAGAUUGUAAAUGUCUUAUCAAAUAAAUACCUAAAUCUUUAUUAUAAA